GAGAGCACUUCCGGUGGCGUUUCCUGUCAGUGUUUGUAAACUGAGAAAAAAUUGGAAGUGCGACAAGAAAUAAUAACCUACAAAACUCUAAAAAUCGAAAGCUGUAGUCUGUGAGGGAGGUGUAAUUUAGCGGUCGGCGCUGAGCCCACACGCCCUGCCUGCCUGCCUGCCUGCCUGCCUGCCUGGCUGGCUGGCUGGCUGUUGUUGUGUUGUCUGGCGGGGGGUGGGGGUUCAGUCAUACAAGAGUUGCCCCAAAACCCCAACUACUGGCUAGCUAGCAGGCUUGGCCCCUGAUGAUUUGGGUGGGUGUGGUCUCUUCUGUUACCCCUCAUCCUAAGUGAAGCCCCCUCUGUUCCCCCCAAACACACACGCAUUCAAACCACGGCGAUGACACACCAUUCCAACAACUCUGUUCGAGACCAUAUGAAAUGGGCUGGGUUGCUGGGCUGCGAGGCGGUGCUGUCCAGCAUGGCCCUGAUGCAAGCCAACAACAUCCCAGGCCAGAAGAGGAUGAUGUCCCCCUUGGGUCAAGGGCACAGGGCUAGUCCUGAGAGCCACCAAACCCACUCACAGCACAGCCACAACCACCAUGGACACCAGGCUCACCAUGGACAACCCCACAACAGCCACAUGGGCCAUCCUUCAGCCGGGAGCUGUCCACCCCUGCUGAUUCGAAAAGACGGGGAUUAUCACUCAUCAAGAAUGAUGGAUGGAAAGGACAUGCAGGCAAACCAGAAUAUGCAACCCAAGAAGAAGCACAAAAAAUCAGGGUCAUCCAGCAAAGUUAAAGUGGAGCAUUCAGUUCCACCAAUGGAUUUGGACGACGAUGACAGUUCCUUGAAAGUCCAGAAGAACUUCAUCUGUGACCACUGCUAUGGAGCUUUCCGGAGUAGCUACCACCUCAAGCGUCACAUACUUACACAUACAGGAGAGAAGCCAUUUGCUUGUGACGCGUGUGAUAUGCGGUUCAUUCAGCGUUACCACCUGGACAGACACAAGAGGGUGCACAGCGGAGAGAAGCCGUACCAGUGUGAUCGCUGCCAUCAGAACUUCUCACGGACAGACAGGCUACUGAGACACCGACGGCUAUGUACAGUUGGGAUGAGCAAGGAGGAGAACCAGUACUCACAGGACACAUCUGCCCAUCCAGCUUCCUGGAGCCCCCUACAGCCUUCCAACAACCGUCUGACUGUCUGACCCACUGUUUUCCAGAGACCCUACAGACAGCAGCUCAGAAACGUCUCGCGUUGGAGCUCAACAGUACUGUAACCAGAAAAACAGCCUAGCUUAAACACAACCAAACUUUACUUUGCUCUGGCCAGCUCUUUCACAGAGCUUGAUAGUGGAUUUUUGUAGUUUUUUUAAUCUACUGUUCCAUUCACUAUACAGACAAAAUGGGAAUGACUAAUUCACAAUUUUGGACAACAGGUCUUGCUAUUAUGGCAAUAACUGAAUGAAAACGCAAGUCUCUUUUUAUCUGACAGGUUGCAGUUGUUUUUUUUUUUUUUUUGGUAUUGCUGCCAGGGGAUUGCAGUAUUUUUGACUGCAUUGACUGUCAAUGUAUCAUGCAGCACCUUUUAGGUAUCCUGUUGAUCUGCAAUCAACCCCAGUGCUGCCCUCUACUACAUAUGGACUGUUCACUAAAGGACACACAUACAGAACUGUGUAGCUUUUUAGUGUUCAGGUUUUUCUCAUUUUGCGUUCCUUAUGCAACUAACGAAGUACUAGCUAUUGCUUCUGAGUGACAGGUCACAGCAGACUUGUGGUCUGUGCUGCCACCUAUCCAACACUCAAGAUGUUGUGUGCGUAAUCUGAAAUUAAAUUUUAAUGUCAUUUUUGAUAACACCAAUCUAAACACGAAAGAGGCUUAUUACAUAGUAAACUGCAAACUGGUAGUCUAUUUUCACUUCAUGUGGUAGUUCACCUUUUUUCAAACACACAAUCUAAAUGGAUCUAAAAUAAUUUUUUACUGCUAUUCGUCCAGCUGUAAAACUGAAUGACUGGUGACAGCGAUGUCUACAAACGGGUGGAAAAACACUAAAAGUUAACUAGAUGCUCCUGAAAUGUAACAUUUUUCAACUAAUCUUGGUAUUAGUUAAGUUGUGUAGCGACUGUUGGCUCACAUAUUCACUGUUGUACCUUGUUUUAGAGGGGUUUUGUCCUGACUGUUUAUAGGUUACUGUUGAAAUACAGUAGAAGGCUGACAGGUUUUGUAGGAAGAUUUUUUGAUGCUCUUGAACAAAGUUAGUGAGCUUUUUUGUUAAUAUAAUAACUGGAUGUAGGAACCACCUGUCUGUUGCAUUAAUAGGUGCUUCUGUAAUAACCCCCUCAAUAUAAAUGAAUUGUG